UGGUCUAUAAAAGCUGCACCCAGCAGAGGUAGAGAGCAAAGCACAAUCUCUAUCAGCAGGGGACAAACAGACACACUCACACUCCUACACACACAUACAGGCACUGAUUUUGCACAGGACCGUCAUACACAAAACACUCUCUUCCUGGGAUAUGAACACUCUCGUCCUCACCUGUCUCCUGUGCUUCGUCGUCUGCAGUGCUCUAGGUGCUCAGGGAUCUGAGGCCACCCACUCCAGUGAACUCGUUGUAGUGACCGGGGAUCCGGCCUCCGGAGAGGGCCUCCAGGGUUCGCUGAGCGACGAUGACGAGCUGGAAACAGAUGAAGAAGUUUCAGGAGGGGACAACGAAAAUUUCAGCCUUCAUGGGCUACAUCCCAGUAAAGAUGAGAGGAGGAAAAGGAAAGGCAAGGGCAAGAGGAGGAGCAGGCACAAGAGCAAAAGCACGACUCCUUUCAACCCCGAGCACACAGUCUUCACCAGCGGCUACACGUCAACUCUAACCACCGCAGAGGAUCCCUGCACCACCACCCACCUGGGCUACUGUAUUCAUGGUUACUGCAAGCACAUAGAGGGCCUGCAUGAGCCAGUGUGCAUAUGUAUGAAGGGUUAUGACGGGGAGCGCUGUGGGAUCCAAACUCUGGGGACGAUUAAAACCCAGCCCAAUCCCAGCAGCAAUACUGAGUUGGUGCAGACGGUCUUGGUGAUCAUCGCUGUGGUCCUGUCAGUCAUCAGCUGCACUGCCAUUCUGCUCAUGACCUGUGCUCAUUACAGGUCACAUAAAAACUACCUGGCAUCCUACCUGGGAACUGGGACGGAGCAGGAGAAGUUACAGAAUAAACCUGUUGGUGACGUCGUGGUGUGAGGGCGUUGAGUUAUGAUGAGCCAGCGGCACAAUACAAGACGAAGCAGACAAGAGGACUCUGAGGACCUGACAAAGAAGAAUUGAUAGACUGCUUCUUAGAUACUGUGUAAAAAACACUGUCCAGGACUUGUUAGAAUGUAAUUUAUUUAGUGUGAUUAUUUAUUGCUAACGACUGUAUGAGUGUUUGUAUGUUGGACUAUUGUUAUGAUAUCUUUUAUGUGAGAAUGCUGAGCAUUCAGUCCUUUAAUGAUCUGUAGGUUCGGUUUUAUUUAUUGCACUGCUGUUGUUAUAGGUCAGAAAAACGCUCUUCAUCUCAGUCUGGAAAAGGGAUGGAAUUUGAUCCCCAAUAAAAUGUCUCAGUGUUAA